UCUACGGGUUGUCCAGUUACCAACCGGUUCCAACAUUUGAAAUUUUAGCCCGCCCUACCGUACCCAAAUACUGUAUCAGUUCGUAAACUCUACAGUCUCGCCGCCGCAUUCUUCAGAUCUACUCCCCCACCGGUCGCGCAGCCGCCGCACCACCACAACCAAAGUCACAGGAUGUUCUUCCCUCCUCCCUCGCCUGGGUUGCUUCAGUCAAAGCAUGCUCAAGCAAGAGGGAAAAAUGGUCUUUACGAGGAAGAUGAUGUUGCUCCAUCUGAGCUGAUAUUGAAUGAGAAACAACAAGAACAACAAAAUCCUUCGCAUUUGUCUAAUAUCCGUUCACAUCGGUAUCCUCAGGGUUCUAGAAGAGCUUUUCAAGCUGUUGAAAACAUCAUCCAUGGCAGCAACGGUCAUCUUUCGUCUUCUACUUCUGUUUCCAUUGAAGCACCAAAGGGUUGUCUCAAGUUCUUGCUCUCCCACUGUUCUUAUUCUUCUUCCCCUGCUGCUACUGGUACUGGUAGUACUCGUAAAACCGCUUUGAAUCGCCGUUGUCACACUAGAACCCCUAAAUCUGCUCGCGUUUCACGUCUCCCUCGAUCCAAACCCUUCUGUUUCACGAAGGAAAAUUCUUCGUCUGCAUCUGUUUCCAACAAACUGAACCGAGUUAAGAGUUCCAAAUCUUCCAAAUCAUCUACUUCGGAGACGCCUGCUGUUUUCAAUCCUGUGGUUGAGUCGCAUUAUGAGGAGUCCGAGGAGCUUCGGUUCACUCCCAUGGCUGCUAGUAAGAUUGCAAGUUAUUCUGCAUUGGAUCAUCUAGCUGCUGGUAAUGGUAAUUUGAAGAAUAGGCUCGUCGAUGAUGAGAAAUCGAACACUAGCUCGAGUAAAAGUAAAACACCACCGCUGCAGGCUUCGUUUUCUCCAGAGAUCCAGUGUACUGCAACAAUGGCAACCUCGGCAACCACGCCUGCCUGUUACGUUUCUGGUCAUCUCAUUUCCGGGGUUACAGAUAAGAGAAAAUGCAGGGCUAGAGGUGUGCUUGCUGUAGUUCGAUCAAGACCGAAUAAUGAAAAAUCGAACACCAGCUCUAGUGACACUAAAACACCACCCCUGCAAGCUUCAUUUUCUCCUGAGAUCCAGUCUACCGCAAUGGCAGCCACUCCUGCUUGUUAUGGUGCAGGUCAUCUCCUUUCCGGGGUUUCUGAUAAGAGAAAAUGUAGGGCUAGAGGUGUACUUGCUGUAGCUCAAGCCGGACCGAUUGAUGAUGGUAUCUUAAGCAAUGGUUCUAACGAUGCCAGCUUUGAAGAAGAUUGCGAUGCUGGACUCGAUAACAAGUUCAGUGCUUCAAUGUUGCCUUCACCUGUUGAGGCUUCAAUGCAUUGGCUUUUGUCUCCUUGUCAUGAAAAGGAUCACGACAAGGAUGACAACCAGCAUUCUGCUUCUUCACAUGGCUUUCUCGAAGAACAUAAGACACGUCUUUCUCCUUCAUCGCCGUUAUUAGAUCUUGGUGUUUCUUUUGACUGGUGUAACUUCAGCAAUGACACAAGUGAUGCUACUAAUAGCGGCACCGGAAAGAGCCAAAGGAGCACAAACAGUCUGCUUAUUUCAACUCAAGGCCCUCGGUUUGGAUUAAGUUUGGAUUGUUCAUCUUCUCCAAAUGUCACACCUUAUUCCGGACUGAUUCCCCCGAAAGAAGAGGAAAAACACGGCUACAAUAUUGAUGGACGAAACUCUCCAUUGUCUGCAGAUACAUUAGGGAGUGAAAAUGUUAUGCAAACCCCAAAAUCGGAUUCAAGCUUGGAAAGACCUGUUAUGUUGUCAUGUUCAAGAUUAAAGGAUCACAAGAGACCUCAUCACCUUCAUUCUGAGAUACUCUCAAUAACCGAAGAUCUCCGAAUGGCGAGCUUGUCACCGGAGAGCCAUUUAUCGAUAUGGGAUACUAAUAGUUCGAGUAUUAAGUUUGAUCGCUUGUCUACACCUUCCGAUUCUAUGGAUCUUUCUCGGUUUCAGAAAAUUUUGGAUGAUCGAUAUUUGUGGAAUUCGAAUUCUACAUUUGACGAUGUGUCACAAUCCGAAUUGAGAAUAUCUUGGAGGGAAGGAUUAGCAAGUCGGAUUUUCGAGAUGGAUGAGUUCGAUAGCUGCAGAUGCCUAUCUGAUGAAGAGGAAGACUUGAAUGUUGAUGCUGGAAAUGUUCCAACUAUAAAAGAUGGCGAUGAAAACAAAGAAAAGCUUCAUUCUCCAUUACAAUGUUCAUAUGCAGAGUCCAUUGCAACCGAUGGAGGCGGUUUGGCUCAGUCCACCGAUUCCGAUUGGAACCUUUGCUACAAGAACAAUUUAUUUCAAGUAUAGCUAUUCGGCUUCCGUGGAAUGUUCGUAUGCAGGGUCCACCAACUCGGAUUGGAACCUUUGUUUCAAUUAUAGUUCAUGGCUCUAUACCAUGUUCAUAUUCCAAGCCCCACUUAGCACUGAUGGAGUUAUGGUUUGGCUCGGUCAGCGGAUCCGGAUUUGAACCUUUCCAACAAGAGCAAUCCUCCCCAAGUACAUGGCUAUCAUACAAUGUUCAUAUGCCGUUUACAUUAGCACCGAUGGAGAUAUGGUUCAGCUCGUUCACCGGAUUUGGAUUCGGCAACCCGAAAAUCUGAAGACCUUGGCCGUGACCGAGAUUAAAUCAGGCUAGGUUCACACUUCGUAUUGUCUGUAUUUGUUAGUUUCUCUUUCAAUUUCCCCUCUCUUAAAUUUUCAUGCAUGAAAUUUAUCUCUUCCUAACAUUUAUCAACAUUUUUCUGACAAUUUUUUUAAAAUAUUUGUAUUUCUUUUAAAUAA